ACACGAUAAUCGUUACGGAGAAGGAAAGAUCGAGAAAAAGUGAGCGGUUGAUGGAGAGUGCGAGAGAAUCUCGCCGGCGAAGGAUCUUGGAACGCGGAUCGGAGCGCCUCGCCUUCAUCUCCGGACAAGCUAGACUCGUUCCUGAUUCCUCCUCCUCUUCUCCUCGAGAUUCUCACACCUCUGUUGCUCCACUUACUGAGGUUGAUGCUACAAAUUAUCACAUAUCUGACAAAAUUGGAAGCAACAAUGACCACAACAAUGCAAGUGAGACGUUUGAAUCUAUAAAAGAUAGUGCAAGAAGCAAUGGGCAUCCAGCUCAUGAAAGCAAUGCAGUACUUGUUAGCAAGACGGAACAUGACAUUGAUACAAUUGAACCAGGAAACAAUGAUCAAGUUAAGCCACUUCAAACUGAGAGGGAUACAAAACCUCCGAGCACUUCUAUGCCUGAGAGUUCCUCUCAGCAGGUUGUGAGCACAACCAGAAUGCAUGCGAAGAAGCAGAUGCCAUUCUCAUCAAAACAAGUUAUCCGGGGUAUCUCUGCUUCAGAAACUAUGCGCUUGGUUUGUGCGGUUAUCAUUGCUCUUUUGGUUGUCAUGUCCAGACGAGGUUACACUCUUGCUAGUGACGUUGCAAGCAGCGUUUUGAGCUUCAAACCACUCUUCCUGGCAAUGAUCACUGAUGUGACCAUCAUUCUAUGGCUGCUAAAGACAACACAGCAAAAGGAAGAGAAAGAGAGAGAGAAAGAAAAGGCCAGAACUGGAAGAGACGAGUCUGGCUCAACGGACGUCAUAGGAGAUACCGUGGAGGCAAUAUUGGUUUUUCUGAAAGUAGCAACAGCUAUCUUCAUGGAUUGCAGCAUAUGCGCUGUUAUCAUUGUUUGUGGCCUUUGCUUCUGAAAUCGUGUUGUUUGUUUGUGUUUUCUGCCAAUAAGCCAACAUAGACGACCUUGAUAAGUCCGCUAAAACAGGUAGGUAUUUGGAACUCUCAGAUGUUCGUUCCUUGCGUCUUUGGAAAAAGUGAAAAGAAAUCUUGCUUUUCAACGUGUUGAAAUCUUUAAUUUGCUAAUCCUUUGGGAAUUUGUAGAUUAUUGUUUCUUU